AUGGAAUCAUACAAAGGGCAAUCGACCCCUUCCAUAGCUUGCAUCGUAAUCCACGGUCCAGAGAGUGCAUCGUCUCAAUUCGACCAUACGGAGCUCGAAGAGCAAACGAUCGCCCUCUUGGAACCCAACAGCGUCAACAUGAAUCUGACCGUGCGGGGUCGCCUCAAGAGCCAGCGCGUGUCCAUGGCCGACACCCCCGACAGCGCCAUAUACUUGGUCAAGUGGAACGAGAACCGCAGCAUCGGCAUCCAGCUGCGCGAGUGCCGCCUCGCCAAGGGCGUGUACCCCAUGGUCGUGCUCGUGUGUCGGAAUCCGUGCUGCGACGCGCUGCGGCACGUGCACAUCGGCGACCUCCGCGUAGAAAUCAAUGGCCGAGACACGGCCAUGAUGAGCAUCAAGAAGACAGUUUGUGAAAACGUGCACCAAGACCGCCUUGCUCAAUACUGGGCGUCCCGGGCGUGUUGGGCGUGGCAUGUCGUCACAGUGCCCUUCGGCACGAAGGAACAGGUUGGAGUUGGCGCAUUGAGCAAUUUGAAAGAAGCAGGGGUUGGCGUAGCUGAAACCAUCCGAGCCGCAUACCAAGUUGAUGUCGCGGUGGCAUGCAGUGUUGGGCCCAAAUCCAGCGCAUUGUUCCUUCGUAGGGCGCUGGCCUGA